CCCUGGGCUUGGGGAUCCCUGGCCCCCUCUUUCCCUCAGCCAUGGCCACCACCCCAGGGCUGCCCAGGGCCCCGAAAUCCAAGCCUCCCUUCCCUUCCCACUACUUUGAGGGUUUUCUGGAGAAGAAGGGACCAAAAGACAGGGAUUAUAAGAAGUUCUGGGCUGGCCUCCAAGGCCUGACUAUCUUUUUCUACAACAACAACCGGGACCCCCAGUAUGUGGAUAAGGUGGACCUGAGCAACUUUUUGGCACUGACAGAUGAUGUCCCAAGGGGCAGCACCAUGGACCCAGGCACUCAGUUCUGCCUGUCACUCAAAGGUCAGGAGAUCAGAUUCAAGGUAGAAAGCCUGGAGUCCCGGGAGAUGUGGAAGGCUUUCAUUAUGACAGUGGUGGAACUGAAGGUUCCAUCCAACCUGCUGCCAGGACCCAGACACACGAUGGCUGAUGUCCUGGCCAAGGAAAAGGAUCGAAGGACCCAGGAGAAGCCCUCCUGCUUCCUGGAUGUGAGCCGGGUGGAGGCGCAGCUGCUCCUGGAGAAAUACCCAGACUGCGGGAAUAUGCUAUUGCGACCAGGCAGCGACGGCUCUGGCAGCUUCUCCAUCACCACACGCCAGAUGCUUAAUGGGAUAGAGCAGGUGAGGCACUACAAGGUGAAGAGCGAGGGGCUGAGUUACAUCAUUGACGUGGAGGAGCCGGUCUCCUGCUCCUCUCUUCAUGAUGUAGUGAACUACUUUAUCUCCAGCACCAAGGGGGCCUUGGUCCCCUUCCACCCAGAUGAGGACUAUGAGAAGGUCUUAGGGUUUGUGGAGGCCAACCAGGAGAAUGGAGAGAGCACAUGGACAGUCCCCAAGCCUCCAGUCCCCCUGGGGCCAGGAGAGGCCAAGCAGACCCUGCAGCUGCCUGGCCCAAGUAGGUCCCCUUGGUUGCCCACGUCUAUGCCACCUGUGCCUGAUCAGGAUGAGAACUACAUAACCCCCAUCGGCGAUGAGCCCGCAAACCAAUAUGUGAAUGAAAAUGAAGUGGCCCAGCUCUGUUGCCUGAAGGCUCCUGCACUGCCCCCACGCCUGCUGGCUGGCCCUAAACCCAAGAGACAAGUGAAGCCGUUGCCCAAAGUGCCAACUGUGCCCCACAAAGCCAAGACAGAGUCCAAGGGCCUGGCCGGCCCCAAGAAAGGUGGCUCCGGUGCUUCCCAGCCCAGGGUUCCUUCCGGUGUGCCCAUCUCCACAGAAAUGACUGAAGAGCUGGAAAGGAAGCUGCAGCAGAGGAGGGCCAUCCUGGAGAAGUGAGGCUGGAGCCGAGGAGGAGGUCUUUGGGGCUCUUACCCCUCUGGGGGCCGCUCACCCCCCCUUCCUCUUUUUACUCCCUCUAGCUUUAACCCAUUUGCAGGGGGCACAUCUGGAGCUCCCAUUCCUCUAGGGACUCCUUGGUCCCCCAACCUGGAUAUUAAAGCUAAAGGAACAUGAUG